AAUGCAGUUCAUUCAGGCUAUCACCACGAAGGCGGGAUUUCCUUAAAUCAUUCAUUUUUCCGGCCUCUCCACUGAAGGGCACCAGUUUGCUUGAAAUCAUGGGAGGACACGACGCUGGAACUCACCACCAGUUCACUGGCAUCGCCAAGUACUUCAAUUCAUACACCAUCACAGGCAGGAGAAAUUGUGUGUUGGCCACAUACGCCAGUAUUGCUGCCAUUAUCCUCUUCUUUAAAUUGAAGCCCAAGAAGCAAAAGGCCGUGAAAUCAAGUUAAUUUAUAGAUGUUUUGUGAUGAAACUAGGGGUGCGUGAAGCUAGUUCAACU